GCGCUCCCUGAGGGGUGGAGCCAGCCAGCCCCACGGAGAAGACUCAGCCCAGGUCCAGAGCCGAGGGGAGGAGCAGCGGCAGAAUCCUGCUCUGGCUGAGCGCCCUCCAAGGUAGACGAGCCCCUGCGAUCCGCGCACAGGUCACCCCCAGGGAAUCUGGCUUUAAUGUGAUGGAAACACUCUUGAUCUUGGUGUCCAAAACAUGAAGGUUUGACUCUGAGCUCUGUUAGUUUUACUGUGAUUUGGGCUGGACUUCACAAUGACAACAGUUCCCCUGAGGGGCAAGAUAGAAGAUCAUUCUGCCUCAUUUGAGUCCACCUCAGCUCAUAUUAUUGAAGAAACUGAAUAUGUGAAAAAGAUUCGAACUACUCUGGAAAAGAUCCGAAACCAAAUAUUUAAAGAUGAAGUGAGACAUAACAGUACAAAUCACAGACUAGAUGCAAAGCACUAUGGAAACAUUCAAAAUGCCUCUGACUCUGAAAUGGAUCCUUCUUGCAGUUUGGAUCUGCUCAUGGAAAGGAUAAAAGGAAAAGACCGGCAGCUCUUAGAGAUGAACAAAGAGAAUGAAGUAUUGAAAAUCAAGCUGGAAGCCUCCAGAGAAGCCGGAGCGGCGGCUCUGAGAAAUGUGGCCCAGAGAUUAUUUGAAAACUAUCAAACACAGUCUGAGGAAGCUAGAAAGAAGCAUGAGGACAAUAGACACUUACUCCAGGUUAACAAACUUGAAAAAGAACAGAAAUUGAACCACCAUGUUGAAAAUCUGAAUCAAAUUGCUGAAAAGCUUGAAGAAAAACAUAAUCAAAUCACGGAGUUGGAAAAUCUUGUACAGAGAAUGGAAAAGGAAAAGAGAACACUGCUAGACAAAAAACUGUCUUUGGAAAACAAGCUGCUGCAUCUCAAAUCCACCACUACUUAUCCUAAAAGUUGCCAGGAUCUUCAAAAGGAGAUUUCCCUCCUCCAGGAGCAGAUCGCUCAUCUACAGUUUGUGAUUCACUCCCAGCAUCAGAACCUGCGAAGUGUCAUCCAGGAGAUGGAAGACUUAAAAAAUAAUUUAAAAGAACAAGAUAAAAGAAUUGAAAAUCUGAAAGAAAAAGUGAACAUACUUGAAGCCCAGAACAAAGAACUAAAAACCAAGGUGGCUCUUUGUUCUGAAACUCCCAGGACAAAGGUGUCUAAGGCUGUCUCUACAAGUGAAUUGAAGACUGAAGGCACAACCCCAUAUCUGAUGUUGGUAAGGCUGCGGAAAUGAGCUGGCUGCCUGGAGAUCUGAAUGAGGAAGAUCAUCAUAUGGGUCUUAUUUAUUCCUUGAAACACAGUCUAAGUGUACAUAUUAAAAUGGCUUGGUGCCAGUAUUUAAUGGAAUUUAUUGUAUUUAAUACAUAUAUCGACAGCUUUGCAGGAAGGUGACAUUUCAGAAAAUUAAAUACAUAUUCAAUGAAAGGAACUCUUUCUUCAAAACUUACUAAAUGGAUGAAGAAAUCAGUUGCUUUCCUGUGAUGGAAGAUGAAUUCUGCUUUAAACUUUUAAAAAAAUCAAAAAUCUGUUUGUUUUUUUUUGUUUGUUUGUUUGAAGAUUUUUGCUGAAGGGACUGGUUAAGGUUGUCAACUUUGACUUUUUGAUAGUGGCUUUUAUGUAUAGUUACCCCUUGGUAUCCAUGAGGGAUUGGUUCCAGGAGCCACCUGGGGUACCAAAACCCAUGUGGAUGCUCAAAUCCUAUCUAUAAAAUGGCAAAUUAUAGUUGAUUCUCUGUAUGCAUGGUACCACAUCCACUGAUUCAGCCAAUCAUGGAUGCAGAACCUGCAGAUACAGAGGGCCUGCUAUAUAUAAAUAUAAGGAAGAGUGUACAGACAGACCUCCUUUCAUUGUGCCUCACAGAUACUGAUGUUUACAAAUUGAAGGUUUGUGGGAACCCUGCAUUGUCAGAUGAUGGUUAGCAUUUUUUCAGCAAUAAAGUGUUUUUAAUGUAAUUUAAUUUAAGUAUUAGACAUAAUAAUAUUGCAUACUUAAUAGGCUACAGGACAGUGUAAAUAUAACUUUUAUAUGCACUGGGAAACUGGAAAUUUCAUGUGACUCACUUCACUGUAAUAGUCUCUUUAUUGCGGUGCUCUGGAAACAAACCUCUGCAUCUCUGAGGGAUAUCUGUGAAUAAAUAAUAUUUUAAAUAUUUGACUUUUGAGUAAUACAAAA